CUAAUAUUGAUCACUGGUGGAAGAUCAUUUGACAGUAUUGAUGAACCAGCCUCUGCUCUCAAACAGCUGGGUGUCUUGACCAUUGCAAUUGGAACCCGAGGCUCUGACCCCAGAGAACUUCAGACCAUAACUGGCAAGCCCAGUUAUGCUCUAUCUGUGUCUGAACUUACUGACCUACCCAAAGUGCAACAGCAACUUGAGUCCUCUGUGGAAGCUGCAGUUUUUGAAGUCACCCCAGAAUUACCAACCGUAAUUGCUUCACGUGACAGAAAAGAUAUUGUAUUCCUUCUGGAUGGUUCUGAUGGCACAAGGAAUGGCUUUCCUGCCAUGCGUGAUUUUGUAGAGAGAGUGGUGGAGAAAAUCAAUGUGGGAGAAAACAAAGACCAUGUCUCUGUGGUCCAGUACAGCAGAGAACCAGGGGUCCAUUUCUAUCUGAACACAUAUACCACAAGGGAGGAUGUGGUGGACUCGGUCAGAGGGCUUAGACACAGAGGAGGAAGACCCCUAAACACUGGGGCAGCUCUCCAAUACGUCAGAGACAACGUCUUUACAAACUCCUCUGGAAGUAGACGCCUGCAGGGUGUCCCACAGAUAUUGAUCUUACUAACUGGGGGAAGGUCUUUUGACAAUGUAGAUAGCCCAGCCUCAGCUCUCAAACAGCAGGGCAUUUAUGUGAUUGGCAUUGGAACUAGGACCUCAGAUGCUAGAGAGCUGCAGAAAAUAUCAUAUGAGCCCAGUUAUGCUCUGUCAGUGUCCGAGUUCACUGACCUUCCCAGUGUCCAAGAACAGCUCUCUUCUGUAAUGAGCAAAGUGAUAGUGAGGGCCACACCCAUGACACCAACAGUGACCGUGGUCAGACAGCCAGCAGGAAGGGAUGUGGUGUUUUUGCUGGAUGGAUCUGAUGCUACUAGAAGUGGAUUCCCAGCUAUGAGAGACUUUGUCCAAAAACAAGUAGACACACUCAGUGUGGAUGAUGGCAAAGACCGUGUGUCAGUUGUUCAGUACAGCAGCGAUCCAGCCAUCCAGUUCUAUCUGAACACUUACACCACAAAAAGAGAGGUCCUUGACAGUGUCAGAGGUUUGAGGCACAAAGGCGGACGACCCCUCAACACUGGAGCAGCUCUCCGGUACUUGAGGGAUAACGUCUUCACGGCCUCUGCCGGAAGCAGGCGGCCAUCAGGAGUUCCGCAGGUCCUAAUAUUGAUCACUGGUGGAAGAUCAUUUGACAGUAUUGAUGAACCAGCCUCUGCUCUCAAACAGCUGGGUGUCUUGACCAUUGCAAUUGGAACCCGAGGCUCUGACCCCAGAGAACUUCAGACCAUAACUGGCGAGCCCAGUCAUGCUGUAUCUGUGUCUGAGUUCACUGACCUUCCCAAUGUUCAAGAACAGCUCUCUUCUGUAUUGAGCACAGUGCCAAUGAGGGUCACACCUUUGACCCCAACAGUGACUGCUGCAUCACAGGGCCCCAAGAAGGAUGUCGUGUUCCUCGUUGAUGGAUCUGAUGGCGUUGGAAGGGAAUUUCCAAUCAUCCAGGAGUUUAUCCGCAGGGUCGUCGAGAGUCUCAAUGUGGGCGAAAAUAAAAUCCGUGUUGGUGUGGUCCAGUAUGGUGACACUGCUCGGGCUAAUAUGUAUUUAAACACACAUACAACCAAAGAAGGUGUUUUGAAUGGCAUCAAGGGAAUGAGGAAGCAAGGUGGAACACAACGUAACCUGGGUCAGGCCUUACAGUUUCUCAAUCAGGAUAUUCUGACAGCAGCACGGGGUAGCAGAAAACAGGAUGGUGUUCCACAAUUUGUUAUUGUUGUGUCUAGUGGGCCUUCUACAGAUGAUGUCCGUCGUGCAGCUUCUUCUCUUAAACAAUCUAGAGUUCUUCCAUUCAGCAUUGGGACCAGGGAUGUGAACCCCACAGAGCUGAGGGUGGUGUCGUAUAUCUCCAAUUACGCCCACGUAAUAGAUGACCUUCCUGGCCUGUACACAGUUCAAGAAGAAUUAAUCAACAAACUCACUGAGCUGUCAGAUGAGGACAUCAGCAGGUUGCGUCCAGAGUUCCCAACUUAUGAAGCACCAGUACCAUCUGUACCCACAGGAGGAGAAAAAAGGGAUGUUGUAUUUCUUAUUGAUGGCACAACAGCAGUGCGUAGUGAAUUCCCUUCCAUCCGUGAUAUGAUAGGAAGAGUUGUGGAGAAGCUGGAUGUAGGACUGGAUAAGGUCCGAGUUUCAGUGGUUCAGUACAGCGAUGAUCCAAAGAUAGAAUUUCUAUUGAAUGCACACUCAACAAAAAAUGAAGUGCUCCAGGCCGUGUCGAGACUUCGAAACAAAGGUGGAAAUAAUCUAAACACAGGACGUGCUCUCGAGUUUGUCGCCAGAAGAGUCUACCAGAGAUCAGGCGGAAGCCGUCUUGAGGAACGUGUGCCUCAAUUCCUCAUUCUAGUUACGGCUGGCAAAUCUACUGAUGAUGUAUCCAGCUCAGCCAAUGAACUCAAGAAAAGCCUGAUAGCACCUCUGGCCAUUGGUACAAGAAAUGCAGACCAAGAUGAACUGAGACAGAUUUCCAUGAAGCCAGAGCUUGUGUAUACAGUUGACAGCUUGAGAGAUUUUUCAAAGGUGGAAAAACAGCUUAUUGAUUCAGUCAAGAAAAUAUCCACCGAUGAUAUCACUGAAAUUUAUACUCGUGUCCCAGAAGUCAUUCUAGAUCUCGGGAAAAAGGACAUUAUUUUCCUAAUUGAUGGCUCAGAUAAUACAGAUUCUGAAGGGAUUGCUCACAUCCGUGACUUCAUCCUCAAAAUUGUUGAACAACUUGAUGUGCAGCCCGAUAAAAUUCGUGUCGCUCUUGUCCAGUAUGCAGACAAAGUUAAAACUGAAUUUUCGCUCAAUUCACACAACAACAAGGCAGCUGUUCUCUCUGCUAUCAGAAGACUCCGUCAGAUGGGUGGACGAUCGUCAGACCUGGCUGAUGCUAUUGAUCACGUUCUGCGCUUUGAGUUAAACUCUUUUGCUGGUGCUCGACCAACUGAGGCCUCCCAGCAUCUUGUGGUUCUCACAGGUGGACGUUCACCCCAAGAUGUUUCCCUCUAUGGACCUUUGCUCAAGACCUCCCGAGUUAACUGUAUUGGUAUUGGUGCUGAUCGUGCUGACACAAGGCAACUGAUGAGUAUUUCCAAGAGCUCCGCUGAUGUCAUUCAGGUUUCUAAGUUCUCAAACCUGCCAACAAUAAAGGACAAGUUUAUUAACAGGUUGAAUGUUGUUGAGGAUACACCAGGAUAUGACACUCCAACACCAGGCCUGCCUCCAUCUAAAAAGGCUGAUAUAGUGUUUUUGGUGGAUGGCUCCAUUAAUGUGGGCCGUGAGGACUUCAAAGAAAUCAUGAUUUUUAUCAACAACUUAAUUGAUCUGUUCUUCACUGAGAGAGAUAACUUACAGAUUGGCUUGGCACAUUAUGCUGAAGAUGUCAAUGAUGGCUUUUACCUCAACACAUACAGUAACAGGGAUGAUAUGCUAAAUGCUCUUGGUCAAAUAGAGUACAAAGGUGGACGCAGACUGAACACCGGUGCAGCCCUUCGCACUAUUCAAGAUGUUUACUUUUCUAAACAAAGGGGCAGUAGGGCUGAUGAGGGCACUCCUCAAAUUCUUAUAACUGUCACUGGAGGAAACUCAGCUGAUGACAGUAAAUCAGCAGUGCUUGGCUUGAAGAAUAAAGGUGUGAGAGUCUUUGCAGUGGGAGUGGGCAACAUUCAGAAUGAGUUGGAAAACCUGGCAAGUGAACCUUCCAUGGUGGCUCGAGCAAGUACCGUUCAGGAACUCUCAGAGCUCAAUGAACAAAUCCUGGAAACUCUGGAUGAUGAAGUAAAAGGGAAGCUGUGUGUCGGUGCGAAAGAACUUGCUAAAACCUCCAAUAUAGAAGUGUUGGUCGGAUUUGAUGUGUCCGCCCAGAAUAUUUUCAGUUCUCAGACCAACCUCCAGAGCAAGAUGGAGGCUAUUUUGCAGAGGAUUUCCAAAAUGGCAUCCAUUAGCUGCUCCGAUGGGCAGAUUCCAUCUGUACAAGUGGGCAUGCUGGCCAUGGAUUCUGCUUCUGAGCCGGUCCAGCUGGACUUCACAACAAAUCCAGAUGAGUUAUUUGAGGCUUUCAGAGCUUUGCGGAGUCGUGGCCCCUUUGUUCUCAAUGGCAAGACCAUAUCAGCUUACACCAACAGAUUCAAAGUCAGACAGGAUGACACUGUCAAGGUUGUUAUUCAUCUGACUGAUGGUAUUGAUGCUCCAUAUGCUGAAAUGAAAAGGCGAGUUGAGGAGCUUCGGCUGUCAGGAGUGAACAGUUUCAUUCUGGUUGGGUUGGAGGGGGUACCCAAUUUGGAAGAGGCGUCGCUAUUAGAAUUUGGUCGUGGCUUCAGGUACACAAGACCCUUAAGACUGAAUAUCAUGGACUUGGACUAUGAGCUUCUGGAAGAACUGGACAACAUUGCAGAAAGAGAGAUCUGUGGAGUGCCAUGCAAAUGUACUGGCAACAGAGGAGACAGAGGAGGAGUUGGACAGCCUGGAUCUAAGGGUGGUCCAGGAUUGUCAGGAAGUCAAGGACAUCCUGGAGAUGAAGGUGGACCUGGAGAACGGGGUCCUCCUGGUGUGAAUGGAACCCAGGGUUUCCAAGGAUGUCCUGGCCAGAGAGGUGUCAAGGGGUCUCGUGGAUACUCAGGAGAAAAGGGUGAAGCUGGAGAACUUGGUCUUGAUGGCAUCAAUGGAGAAGAGGGCAAAAGUGGUGUGGCUGGGCCCCCUGGAGAAAGAGGAAACCCUGGCAGAAGAGGUCCCAAAGGUGCCAAAGGACAAACAGGAGACAUAGGACAACAGGGAAUCAGAGGAAACCCUGGAACAACUGGACAAGAUAACAACCAGGCAGGACCCAAAGGAGACCCUGGUGAUGCUGGACCAGCGGGAGAGCCUGGUCAGGAUGGAAGGAGGGGAGGCCCUGGUGAACCUGGAAGAAGGGGACCCAAUGGUAGAAGAGGUUCACUUGGACCAGCUGGAAAUGUUGGAGGCCCUGGAUCGCCUGGUGUGCAGGGAGAGUCUGGUAUUGAUGGACCAAGGGGUCCGCCUGGACCAAAUAGUGCACCAGGAGCAAGAGGAGAAGAUGGAAAUCCUGGACCUAGAGGUCCUGGAGGUACCCCAGGUCCUAGUGGAGAAAAAGGUAGAAGAGGACCUCUUGGCCGCAAGGGAGAGCCAGGAGAACCAGGACCUAAAGGUGAUGUUGGACCACCUGGCCCCUUUGGAGAGCCUGGUGAAGAUGGUAGAGAUGGUUUUGGUGUUCAAGGGCCUAAAGGAAGAAAGGGAGAUGAAGGAUUCCCAGGAUUCCCAGGUCCCAAGGGAGCAGCUGGAGACCCUGGCACCUCGGGUGGACCUGGAUCCAGAGGAAAUCGUGGACAGAGGGGAGUCUCUGGGGAUAUUGGUACACAGGGACAAAAGGGAGAAGUUGGAUAUCCUGGGCCAUAUGGUAUCAAAGGACAAAGAGGACAAGGAGCUGUGCAAUGUGACCUUGUCAGAAAGAUCAGAGACAAUUGUCCUUGCUGCUUUGGUAAGCAGGAAUGCCCACUCUACCCCACUGAGCUGGCUUUUGCCCUCGACAUCUCACAAGGCCUUGGCCGUCCAGUCUUCAACAACAUGCGUGACACAGUCCUAAACAUAGUCAGAAAAAUUACAAUCGCUGAAAGUAACUGUCCAAGAGGAGCUCGUGUUGCUUUGACCCUGUAUAACAACGAAGUCACCACUGAGGUCCGGUUUGCUGAUGCCAUGAAGAAACGUGCCCUGGAGGAACGCAUUGAAGGACUUCAGAUCCCACAGACAAGAAAGCCCCGCAACUUGGAAACAGCCAUGAACUUUGUGGCCCAGAACACUUUCAAGAGGAUACGCAGUGGCUUCCUCAUAAGGAAGGUAGCCAUCUUCUUUGUAGGUGAUCAAGUUGGUCGGCCACAAGCAAUUACUCGUGCAGCCCUCCGCCUUCACAAUGCUGGAAUUGCCACUUUGCUGCUGGUCAGACAGGAGGACAGAGCACUCUCCAGAGCGGUGCAGGCCAACAACACAGCACUGGCCCAGGUCAUUGUCCUUCCCAACGCUAAUAGUCCACAGUACAAUUCAGUCAUCCAGAAGGUUAUGAACUGCCAUGUCUGCCUGGAUUUCUGCUCUCCGGACCAAAUCUGUGACUAUGUUCCCCCAACGGCUGGCCGAGAUAGGAGAUCUUUCACCUCAGAUGUCGACAUUGACAUUGCUUUUGUCAUGGACAGCUCUGAGUCUACCUACCCAACUGUCUUUGCCGAGAUUAAACACUAUAUAUCUUACAUGGUAGAGCAUCUUCAUGUGUCUUCAAAUCCCACAUCAUCUGCUAACCACGCCAGAGUGUCUGUGAUUCAGCAAGCACCUUAUGAGUUCCUAAAUAACAAAUCUGGGUCCCCCCUUCAUGUUGACAUUGGCUUGACUGAACACACUUCAGCACAAGAUAUUAUCAAAUUCCUGGUAGAGAAAACACCCCAGCUGGAAGGUGGCCGGGCACUCGCAGAGGCAAUUGAAAGGACGGUGGAUCAAGUGUUUGAGAAGGCACCUGUACAACGUGACAAAAAGGUACUCAUACUGUUUGUGACAGGAAGUGUGGAACAAGACCAGGAGCAGCUGAUACGCAUUGCCACUGAGGUCAAGUGCAGGGGCUACUUCCUCGUCAUCUUUGGUGUAGGUGAAACAUUGAGUGCUAAGGAUGCAAGUGUCUUGUCAAACAUGGCCAGCGAGCCUUCAGAUGUCUUCUUCAAGCAGCUGAAGAGUAGCUCAGACUUUUAUGACAGAAACAUCCAGACCUUUGGCCAGCUACUGCCCAAGUAUAUCAGUAUUGAAAAUGCUUUCCACAUGUCCCCUGAAGUCUCCAAAAACUGCAAGUGGUUUCAGAAUGACCAGCCACUAAAAAACCCCUUCACACCAUCACAGGAAGUGGAGAAACACCAGAAGCAUCAUGAAAAUCACCAAGCAGUUCAUGAAAGAAAGCACAAGGAUGCAGAGGAGCUGCACGUCUCUAAUGUCACCUCCAGCAGCUUGAAAUUGCGUUGGAGCAGGCCAGAUGCAAAGCUCUUUGUUUACUUUGAGGUUGUUGUGGUGAGGCUCCAUGACCAUGCACUGGUGCUGAAGACCAAUGUGUCGGGUACAGAGCUUGCUGUGGACAACUUGGAAAGUGCUCAAAUGUAUCAGGCUGUAGUCACAGCUUACACGGCCGAGGGCCAAAUUGUCUCUACUCUCAAAGGCGUCAUUACUACAAAAGCAGCUGAGCAUAAGCUUGCCAGCCAAAACACAAGUACUCCAAAUACCACACCCCUGGACAAACCAGAAACUGUUAAUGAAUUGGCAGGCCCAUGCUCGCUUGACUAUGACCCUGGAAUGCCCUGCAAAGACUAUGAGGCUAAGUGGUUCUUUGACAGAAAGAACGGGUUCUGUGUACAAUUCUGGUAUGGAGGUUGUGGAGGGAAUGGAAAUAGGUUCGACAGUGAGGCCCUCUGCUUGAAAAACUGCGUGAGGUCAGUGGGAGAGCCUCAGCCAAUGGUGAAGCAAGUUGAACAGGUGGAGGUCCUCCCAGAUCCUGCUGCUUUUACAGCUGUGGACAUUUGCCAGCUUCCACAAGAAGAAGGUACUUGUGCCAAAUUUGUUCUCAAGUGGCACUACGAUGCUGCCAACAAGAGCUGCAUGCGCUUCUGGUACGGUGGCUGUGGUGGAAACCAGAAUCGCUUCGACACUUACGAGCAGUGUGUGAAGGCUUGUGGAAAACCAGAACCAGUGAACCAAAGAGUCAUUGCUACAAUAAAAACAUAGGACGAAAGUCACAGACAUGGCCAGCUCUUACCUCCAUUUAGCAGAUUCUGAGGAGAACCAUCCAAAAUGGGCAUAAAGUAAUGGUGGCUGCACUGGAUUCCACAAACAUGGACUUUAUCCCCCAACUCUUGAAGUAGUCUUUUUCACAACAAGAAGGAAGCAACACAAUUUGCUGCAUGAUUUGUUUUAACCUACUGGUGCUACAUGAUAUGUUUGUUUUACAGAAGUUAUUUAGUGGAUUUGGUUUUGUAAAAUCACGUUCUCUUGAACGAUCACAGUUUUCAUAUUUUUUUAAAAUUCAGUUUUAUGAUUUAUGAUUGUCGAAUUUCCCAGAGGAACCCACCCGAGGGAUUAAUAAAGUUCUAUCUUAAACAAGAAACAUGUAUGAAUAUCUUGGACAGUGUUUAGCAAUGACUCAGUACAUGAAGGAUUUUAAAGCAGUAAUCUUUUUUUAUAUUGUGGUUAAGUCUUCUUUUUACAUUCCAGAUUCACAUAGCAGCAUUGUUUUGUUUUUUUUUAAACUCACUUCAUCCCUGUGGAUUAUUUCACUAUUUCACUGUCACCAAAUCCACAGCAAUGUUUACACAAGUCUAGUGUGGCAGCGUGUGUGUAUGUAAAGACAGCGACCAACUGCUGGGAUGCCAACAUUAAUGUAAUGUUUAGUGCACUUCUGGAUCCGUUGCCUCAAACACAAGAUUUCCAGCUAUUGAGAAACAGAAUGUACUUUUCAAGCUGUUUUUAUUUUUCAUUUCAUUUUGGAUUUGCAGAAAGUUAUGUUCCAUGUGGGAAAGGGUGAAAUAAAAAUGAAUUAGACUUUCUAAUAAACAUGAGCAACUGA